GGAAAAUAAUCACUCAUGCUAAAGCUCACUCAUCAAAGUUAUGCAGGAACUAUUCAACAUUUUUUCCCAGAAAAAUAAAAUAAAAAAUACUAAAAAACAUCCAGAGAGCCACUGCAAGAAAUUGACAGCGAGAUAAAAAUGGUGAAGAGCGAUAGGCUAUCACAUAUAUCAAUGUGUUGCUCAGAUUCCCUUUAACCAUAGUUAAUUCUAAUCACCCCUUCUCACUCUAUAAGUAUACACACUCUCUCUCAUCUCACACUCACUCUCUCUCUCUCUCCCCUCUCGCCGCUUCCACACAAUCUCUCUCUCUACACCUCGUUUGACCACUGGUCUUACUAGUAGCUGCUCACUACAUCCGCCCAACACUAUUCUUUCUCUUUCCGGCAAAACCCAUCUCCCUCUCCCUCUCUCUCUCCCACAACUUUGGUGAAUUUACGACCACAAUCGUAUCCAAAGACCUUUCUUUUUGGAUCUUCUGUUUCUUCUUUCUCUUUCAAGAUUCCCAUAAUCCUUCCGUGAUAUGCUGAAAAGGGAAAGACCCAACAGGAGCAUCGCCAUGCAUCGCCCUUAAUCGAGCUGGGUUCGUCGUCGACGGCGGAAAGCUAGCUGCUUUACUUGCCCUGCCCUCCAUUUUUUCGAAAAGACUCGAUUUUUUUAUUUAUUUAUCUUCCAAUGGCGGCGGAGGCGGCGGACGGGAAAGCAAUGCCGGAGUCGGAGAAGAAGAAGGAGCAGAGCCUGCCGUUCUACCAGCUGUUCUCGUUCGCGGACAAAUACGACGUCGUGCUGAUGAUCGCGGGCAGCCUUGGCGCCGUCGUGCACGGCUCCUCCAUGCCUGUUUUCUUCCUCCUCUUCGGCGAGAUGGUCAAUGGCUUCGGCAAGAACCAGAUGGAUUUGCACAAGAUGACCAAUGAAGUUUCGAAAUAUGCUCUCUAUUUCGUGUAUCUUGGACUGGUUGUCUGCUUCUCCUCCUACGCAGAAAUUGCAUGUUGGAUGUAUACUGGUGAGAGGCAAGCUGGCACACUGAGGAAGAAGUAUUUGGAGGCUGUGUUGAAGCAAGACGUGGGAUUUUUCGACACCGAUGCUCGAACUGGGGAUAUUGUUUUCAGUGUUUCAACUGAUACUCUGCUUGUUCAAGAUGCCAUUAGUGAGAAGGUUGGCAACUUCAUUCAUUAUCUUUCGACGUUCUUGGCGGGGUUGGUGGUUGGUUUUGUAUCGGCGUGGAAGCUUGCUCUACUCAGUGUGGCUGUGAUUCCGGGCAUUGCCUUUGCCGGUGGUUUAUACGCGUACACCCUCACCGGGCUCACCUCCAAGAGCCGUGAAUCCUAUGCAAAUGCUGGUAUAGUUGCCGAGCAGUCCAUUGCACAAGUUAGGACGGUUUACUCCUACGUUGGUGAGACGAAAGCCCUCGGUGCAUAUUCGGACUUGAUUCAAAACACAUUAAAACUGGGGUACAAGGCCGGUAUGGCUAAAGGGCUUGGAUUAGGAUGCACCUAUGGCAUAGCAUGCAUGUCGUGGGCUCUUGUUUUCUGGUAUGCCGGUGUUUUCAUCAGAAACGGACAGACAGAUGGUGGCAAAGCGUUCACAGCGAUCUUUUCUGCUAUCGUUGGUGGCAUGAGCUUGGGCCAGUCGUUUUCAAAUCUCGGGGCAUUCAGCAAAGGUAAAGCUGCUGGAUACAAGUUGAUGGAAAUAAUCAAGCAAAAACCAACCAUAGUUGACGACACAUCUAAUGGGAACUGCUUGACUGAUGUCAGAGGAAACAUUGAGUUCAAAAAUGUGACAUUUAGUUAUCCAUCUAGACCCGAUGUGAUCAUCUUCAGAGACUUCUCCAUUUUCUUUCCUGCUGGAAAAACGGUUGCUGUAGUCGGUGGUAGUGGUUCGGGGAAAAGCACUGUGGUCUCCUUGAUUGAAAGAUUUUAUGAUCCUAAUCAGGGUGAGAUUUUGCUGGACAAUGUUGACAUCAAGACACUGCAGCUGAGAUGGCUGCGCAAUCAGAUUGGUUUGGUGAACCAAGAACCGGCGCUCUUUGCAACCACGAUACUCGAGAACAUUUUCUACGGGAAGCCCGAUGCGACCAUGGCAGAAGUCGAAGCUGCUGCCUCUGCCGCUAAUGCCCACAGCUUCAUCACCUUGCUUCCCAACGGAUACAACACUCAGGUUGGGGAGCGUGGCGUCCAGCUCUCCGGGGGGCAGAAGCAGAGAAUAGCGAUUGCAAGGGCAAUGCUGAAGGACCCGAAGAUACUUCUUCUCGAUGAAGCCACUAGCGCGCUGGAUGCAAGUUCGGAGAGCAUCGUUCAGGAGGCUCUUGAUCGUCUGAUGGUCGGGAGGACCACGGUGGUUGUAGCGCAUCGUCUAUCGACAAUACGAAACGUGGAUUCCAUCGCAGUUAUUCAGCAAGGGCAGGUUGUUGAAACGGGAACACAUGAAGAACUGAUCUCGAAAGCUGGUGCCUAUGCAUCAUUGAUCAGAUUCCAAGAAAUGGUGGGGAACAGAGAUUUAUCGAACCCUUCAACCCGUCGCACUCGCUCGACGCGCCUGAGUCACUCGUUGUCGACAAAGUCUCUUAGCCUCCGGUCGGGGAGCUUAAGAAACUUGAGCUAUUCCUACAGCACGGGCGCUGAUGGUCGUAUCGAGAUGGUGUCAAACGCUGAAACCGAUAGGAAGAAUCCCGCCCCGGCCGGUUACUUCUGCAGGCUGCUCACACUCAACGCCCCUGAGUGGCCGUAUUCGAUCAUGGGAGCCAUAGGAUCGGUUCUUUCUGGCUUCAUCGGCCCGACUUUUGCUAUCGUGAUGAGUAACAUGAUCGAGGUGUUCUACUACCGGAACCCCGCUGCCAUGGAACGGAAGACGAAGGAGUAUGUCUUCAUCUACAUCGGGGCCGGUCUUUACGCCGUCGUCGCGUACCUCAUUCAGCACUACUUCUUCAGUAUCAUGGGCGAGAACCUCACCACAAGAGUAAGGAGGAUGAUGCUUGCAGCGAUUUUGAGGAACGAAGUCGCAUGGUUCGACGAGGAGGAGAACAACUCGAGCCUCCUCGCAGCCCGGCUCGCCACCGACGCCGCCGAUGUGAAAUCCGCGAUUGCAGAGAGGAUAUCGGUGAUGCUGCAGAACAUGACGUCGCUUCUGACUUCUUUCAUUGUUGCCUUCAUCGUCGAAUGGAGGGUCUCGCUACUGAUCCUCGGCACCUUCCCUCUUCUAGUCCUAGCAAACUUUGCUCAGCAACUCUCUCUGAAAGGGUUCGCGGGGGACACGGCGAAGGCGCACGCAAAGACGAGCAUGAUCGCCGGGGAAGGAGUGAGCAACAUUAGAACCGUGGCGGCGUUCAACGCCCAAGAUAAGAUCCUCUCUCUCUUCUGCCACGAGCUCCGCCUCCCCCAGCGCCGGAGCCUCGCGCGCAGCCAGUCUUCCGGUUUCCUGUUCGGACUCUCCCAGCUUGCUCUUUACGGAUCCGAAGCUCUCAUUCUUUGGUACGGCGCCCACCUCGUUAGCAAAGGCGUCUCCACCUUUUCCAAGGUCAUCAAGGUGUUUGUGGUCUUGGUCAUCACGGCCAAUUCAGUUGCUGAGACGGUGAGCCUCGCACCGGAGAUCAUCCGGGGCGGAGAGGCUGUUGGUUCGGUUUUCUCGAUCCUUGACCGGUCCACGAGGAUUGAUCCGGACGAUCCCGAGGCUGAGCCGGUGGAAUCCAUCCGCGGCGACAUUGAGUUGCGCCAUGUCGACUUUGCUUACCCUUCGCGUCCGGACGUGAUGGUGUUCAAGGACCUGAGCCUGCGGAUCCGGGCCGGGCAGAGCCAGGCGCUCGUCGGGGCGAGUGGGUCGGGUAAGAGCUCGGUGAUAGCAUUGAUAGAGAGGUUCUAUGAUCCCCUUUCCGGUAAAGUUAUGAUUGAUGGGAGAGACAUUAGGAGGUUGAACUUGAAAUCUCUCCGCCUCAAGAUCGGCCUCGUGCAGCAAGAGCCGGCGCUCUUCGCCGCCAGCAUCCUCGACAACAUCGCUUACGGGAAAGACGGCGCGACCGAGGCCGAGGUGAUCGAAGCGGCGCGCGCUGCCAACGUGCACACGUUCGUGAGCGGGCUGCCGGAGGGCUACAAAACCCCCGUCGGGGAGCGGGGCGUCCAGCUGUCCGGCGGACAGAAGCAGCGGAUCGCGAUAGCGCGAGCCGUGCUCAAGGAUCCGUCGAUCCUGCUGCUCGACGAGGCCACGAGCGCGCUCGAUGCGGAGUCGGAAUGCGUCUUGCAGGAGGCCCUCGAGAGGCUGAUGAGAGGGCGCACCACCGUCCUCGUCGCCCACCGGCUCUCCACCAUACGUGGGGUGGACUGCAUCGGCGUGGUGCAGGACGGCCGCAUCGUCGAGCAGGGCAGCCACGGCGAGCUGAUCAGCCGGCCGGAGAGCGCAUAUUCAAGGCUACUCCAAUUGCAAAAUCAUCGCAUAUGAGACAACAAAAUCAAAAAAACAAAAAACAAAAACUAGCACCGGCCCUAUUAACCCUUGUUUUUUUUUUCUUUUUCAAAAUUUAUUUUGUUGUGGUGAUAGAUGUAGAUAUUGUGAUGUGAGGACUGUAUUUUCAAGAAUGACCACUCCAUUCCUAGUGUGCUAAAAAAAAUAUAUUCACUUCGAUCCUCAAAA